GAACAGAGCUGUCCUUUGUCAUCCUCAAGUGCCUUCCCGGACAACGGGAUGCUGCCAAGUUGUGGUACUUGUUUUUCACCGAUGCUUUGAAACGUUUGCUUGGUGCAACAGUCUGUUUAGAGCAACCUGCGUUGGUGAAAUGUGGCAACAACGCAGUUCUUCUUUUGCACGUUGACGAUGUUCUCUUUUAUGGCAAUGAGCAGUGGAUAUCCUCAGUGAUGAUUCCUGCCUUGAAGAGCGAGUUCAAGAUGAGCUGCCAAUAUGUCAAAUCAUUUGAUCGAUGA